CUAAAAAUUAGUUAAAAUCACCACCUAAUGUAAAAUCGUUGAAAUAUUUAAUUUUGUCAAUUAAAUCUGUAUAAAAAUAUGCGACAAACUUUAUAUACAGUAAACGUUACUGUAUACCUGUGAAAUAAGAUAAAACCUUAUUUACAUUAAUUAGUAACAUAUUGCAAAAAUGCCUAAAUUCGAUGAAAAACCCCGAGUUUUUCUUGAAGAAUUCCGUGUUAAGAAUGCACCCGAAGAUUACGGAUUAGACGAUGAAACAUGGGACUUCAAAAAGUUUGUGAAGAAAUUUAAGAUAGUUGUAGUACGAAUGGACAAUUUCGAAAUGGAAUUUGACUUGAUUGGGAUCCAGCCAGCAUUUGCGAACGCAUUCCGGAGACUCAUGUUAAGUGAAGUUCCUAGUAUGGCUAUUGAAAAAGUAAUGAUCAAGAACAACACUUCUAUAAUACAGGAUGAAGUUUUAGCACACAGAUUAGGAUUGAUACCUCUCAAAGCUGAUCCAAGAUUGUUUGAAUAUAAAUCUGAAGAAGACACGGAAGGAACAGAAUUCAACACUUUAGAAUUUUCACUAAAAGUAAAAUGUACCAAUAGCAAGUCACAACCAAAAGAUUCAUAUAGAGCUGAAGAUUUGUAUGAAAAUCAUAGUAUUUACUCAUCUCAUAUGAAGUGGCAUCCAAUUGGCAACCAAGCUACAGUUUAUAAAGAAGCUGAUGUGGGUCCUGUACAUAAGGAUAUUCUUAUAUCAAAAAUGAGACCUGGCCAUGAAAUAGACCUUCAAAUGAUUGCCGUGAAGGGCAUAGGAAAGGAUCAUGCAAAAUUUUCACCUGUUGCAACAGCUACAUACAGAUUGUUGCCAGAGGUAACACUGACUCGUGAAGUUUGUGACAGUGAAGCCACACUGUUGCAAAGUUGUUUCUCACCAGGUGUUAUUGGUAUUGACUCCAAAAACCGAGCAUAUGUGAAAGAUGCAAGAUAUGAUGCCUGUAGUCGUAAUGUUUAUAGAUAUGACACAAUCAAAGAUUCAGCAAUCCUAAGUAGAGUUCGGGAUCAUUUCAUAUUUAAUGUGGAAUCAGUUGGAGCAAUUCCACCUCAGAUAAUUUUUGUAGAGGCAGUAAAAAUUUUAAGGGAUAAAUGUAGAUCUUUUUUGGAUGAAUUAAAUAAAUUUAGUUAAACUGGUCUUAAAUAAUGUUUUUGUUGCCCUUUUAAAUAUUUUCUGGUUAAUCUUGCCAAAGAAAG